CACGCACAUAAAUACACAUAUAUAAACUUUCCUCAGACGCCCCAACAGAGAACAGAGAGAGAGAGAGAUUCAACAUCGUUCACCUACUCCUCUCUCUCCUCUCUCUCAUUCUCUCUCUUAAAGGUUUGCCUCCAGAUUUUCCUUCCCCUCGCUGUCGCCGCCUCCUCUGUCGGAUUCCUUUGUCACUUCUCCACCUUCCGGCCCUCUCCAAUUCAUAUUUGUUUUAUUUAUUUAUAUUUCCAGAUUCCCCGUGUAAAAAAAACAUAUAUUUUCAACCCCAUUUAUUAAAAUUCCCGUAUUUACUUCUCAAAAGCUGCAAAAUUGAUGAAUUCAGGCGUUUAGCCCCUUCGAUAAACCAUAGAAGAAGAAGAAGAAGAAGAAAGGUAGCGUCCGACACGGGGUUUGGAUAAUGGGUAAGACAGGGGGGAUUCAGCCAUUCGACGACAGGAACAAAGAUGUCGUUUUCUCUGUUUGCGGGUUGGGGUUUUCUCAGGAGGCGAGUUACCACCCCGGCGGCUUAUUCGCCAGCGUCGGACAGGUCGGCAUGAGCGGCUUCGGCGGGGUAAAUCCGAACCCGCCGAACCCUCGCGGCGGCGGCGAGGACGGCGGCGGAGUUCGGCUUCCGUACGCCGACCUGUACGUGAAGUACGUCGAGGGAAUUCGGACUUUUGGGGCUUCGGAGGAGGAGAGAGUGAAGAAGAGCAAGAAGCAGAACGGCAGCGGCCUCAAAUUGAAGAUUAAGGUGUCGAAUCCUUCGCUGAGGAGGCUGAUAAGCGGCGCGAUCGCCGGCGCGGUGUCGCGGAGCGCGGUGGCGCCGCUGGAGACCAUAAGGACGCACCUGAUGGUCGGGAGCAGUGGGCACUCGACGACGGAGGUUUUCCAUGAAAUUAUGAAGACGGAUGGGUGGAUGGGAUUGUUUAGGGGCAAUUUCGUCAAUGUGAUUCGGGUUGCGCCGAGCAAGGCCAUAGAGCUCUUUGCUUACGACACAGUGAACAAGCACUUAUCACCAAAACCUGGUGAACAGCCCAAACUCCCAAUUCCUGCCUCGUUAGUUGCUGGGGCCUGUGCUGGAGUUAGCUCAACGCUGUGCACAUAUCCCCUUGAGUUAGUCAAGACGCGACUAACCAUACAAAGAGGAGUUUAUAAUGGCCUUCUUGAUGCAUUCUUAAAAAUCGUGAAAGAAGAGGGACCUGCUGAACUCUACAGAGGUCUGGCCCCAAGUAUUGUCGGAGUAAUCCCGUAUGCAGCCACCAAUUAUUUUGCUUACGACACAUUACGGAAAGCUUACCGGAAGUUUUUCAAGCAAGAGAAGAUCGGCAACAUUGAAACACUUCUCAUUGGAUCAGCAGCUGGUGCUAUCUCAAGUAGUGCAACUUUUCCACUCGAGGUUGCUCGCAAACAUAUGCAAGUUGGGGCCUUAAGUGGAAGGCAGGUAUACAAGAAUGUUCUUCAUGCACUUGCAAGCAUACUUGAACAAGAAGGGAUUCAGGGUUUAUAUAGAGGGCUUGGUCCUAGUUGCAUGAAGUUAGUGCCUGCGGCAGGAAUUUCAUUCAUGUGCUACGAGGCGUGCAAGAGGAUCUUGGUGGAGAACGACGAGGAAGCAUAGACGAGGUUUCAUUUGAAAGAGUAAAUUGAAAGUCAUACACUCCUGUGUUCUUGGUAGCAGAGAAGAAAAAAAAUAGAAGGCUUUCGAGAACACGGCUUUUAUUUAUUUUUGCCCUUCUUUUUUUUUUUUUUUUUUUUAUUUAAACUGCUGGAUUUUGUUUGCAACUCAGUUCAGGGAGCCUUGUUUUUGAGGUUAGAACUGGUGUUUUUGAGAGUUUAUUUAAGCGACCCGUUUUUCUUUAAG